UGUAGACCACGUCCAGGGUCUCAGAUAACCAUGCCUACAUACUCCUUGAUGGGACCUUUCAGAGGACACAUGAGUCUCAAAAGUAGCCCUUUUUCUCCUGGACCUUCCUGCAAACUCUCCAAUCAGUACAUCAUUCAAGACCACAUGGCUGCUCAUUUCAAGAAACUGACGUCUGCCAAAGCUGCUGUUGAUUCAUCUGCACCAAAGAGUUUGCAUACCAGCGUUAAAUACAAGGACCAGCAGAAAAGAGACAGACUAAUUCAAACCCUAGAGAAAUACAAGACAGAUCUUGUACAUGGUCUUCCUGCCUCACCAGUCAAGUGCAGAAGUAUUUCUCCAAACCAGCAGAAGACAAACUGGGCACUGUUGGAAAAUGGUCACCUACUGGCUGGUCAGAGCAACUGUCCCAGGACAAAGAGAGAGCAGCCCCUCUCUGUACCAUGUCAGAAGUUCACUUCAAGGACUCUGAUGCUGGCUCCUGCUGCAAGAAAGGCUAUCCCAAAUACUGCUCUGUGUGCUUUGUCUCAGAUGCCAGCUCACAGUGCUAGUGCCCACAGAUCAUCUGCUUCACCCCUCCUGCAGUCUCACAUGCCUUUGGGCAGUAACAACAGGAAGAAGGCAUUUCAAAACUCUGAUAAUAAAACCUACUCUGGGGACCUCCUUGAAAAACAUGCAAUUUACUUUACAGAAAAGAAGCAGUGUUUUACCCCUCAGAUUUUGAAGACAUCACAUCAACCUUUUCUUGUAAAAUACAGGUAUUAUAAUCCUCCUUCCAGAAAAAGUAGCUCCUCCCCAGGCAAGCCAUCAAUUAAAUCAGCAGGCAUCAACAACAAAAAGAGAGAAGGCUUGCACAGAUUUUCAGAGGAUGUACCUAUGAGACCACAUUCUGCUCACUUGACUCAGUAUCCAGUUGAGAACCAUGAAUUGUGGAGUCAUGAUUCUGUUAUGUCACUUUCUCCAGGAUUACAACUUGAAGAACUAGAAGAAGAGUACCUUUGUUUUCUCCAGGAUCUUACAAAUGAUAUUUUGAUUAGAAGUUGUUACCAAAAAGAGGCAUUAGAAGAUUUAUUUCAAAUGCACAUUAAAAGUAAGAGGCAUAACCUUGAUGAGGUAAAAAUGAGAAGAAUAGUUCAAAGUCUGAAGAAAGAGCUGAAUAUCACAAACCACCCAGACUCUUCCAUCAGCUGUGGGGGAACAUGCCAGAAGGAUGGCAGCAUUCCUGCAAUAUGCUUUUAAUGUACAGCUCUGGGCAUUUCAGGAAGCAUGCAAAACCUCUUGGGACAGUAAACUAGAUUUUACACCAAUUAUAAUGUAAACCUUGGGUAAACAGGAAAGUGAAGAAGAAAUGCAGCUAAUGCAUGUUCCUGUGAUGUAACACAGCAUCACUAUGGCAACAGCCAGGUUAGCAUGCUAAGAACGAUAGCAGAGGACCAAAGACAUUUUUACAGGGACUUUCACAGUCAGAAUAGAAAGCCACAUACAAGUGUCCCUUCAUUCAUUAGAGAUGACAAACCACAUCCUAUGCAAUCCUACCAGGAAUCCUGAUGAGGCACUCUGAUUUUUUUGCUCUGCAUGUUUGAUAUACAGAUAGGUUGGAAGUUAUGUUCUUGAUAGAACUUUCCUAUGUGGAUUGAGACCUGAAGUCUCAUCAGGUUGCAAUGGAAUGUAGAAUAUUAAACCCUACUUUCAAUAGAUUUAGGCAUUAAUCUAAGACCUCUUUAAAAUCUUAACCUACAUCAAAAACUAAGAUUAUCCAGUACUCUGAUACAUACUAGUUGCUAAAAAACCCCAGACACUGUAACCUUUCAAAAUGCAAACAUUUCACACUUAAUGAACUCUAAGGGCUUAUAAAAUACAAAUGCAGCCAAGUAGGAAAAUAUGUAACAACUAAAGUCUCAAUGUUUUCUGAUGAUAGUAAUUUCUUUCUUUAUACCAUAGUUCAAUUUUGUCUGGUUAAGAUUAGACAGCUUUCUAAAGAUAGAUGUUUUUUCCACACUCUUUUCCAAGUGGGACACUUUUCAAGGCAUCAGAUUAAAAUAGAAAAACAAUGAUUUGGAUAAAUAAAAUACACCAGUUUUGUUUGGGUUUUUUCUAUUAUCAGCUUCCAAGGGUUCUUCAUAUCCAUGCUUCUAUCUCGAGACAUUUUAAUUUUUUUAAAUUGGUGUAAUUCCACAGAUGAUCCCUAAAUUAUUUCAAUAUACAAAACUUGGUCUGAAAUAAUUUAGCUUUUAUGAACUUUGACAGUAUCCUGACAUAAGAUGAGGCAAUAAAAUGCAUCCUUUAGGGUGGACACCUUUCAGUCUUUCUGGAAGACGUCUUCAGGCAUAGUGCCACAAAGAUUGCUUUAAUUACCUGAGUUAACAAACAACUUGAGAUCUUUGAGAAAAAGCCACAAGAUGUACUACUCUGACCCAAAGCAUGGGUAUAUCUAUUUACUGAAGGAUAGUUUGUAUGGCAAGAUUUUUUGAACAAUGAAAAAUAUUUUCAUUUUCCUGACUCUGUUACACAUUUGAUACAAAUGUUGAACCUCUUUAAAGAUUUUUUUAUUAGACUGAUGAGUAGAUAAUUUUUCUCCUAAACUGACUGCAUUCUAAUAGACAAUACUGUAAGAAAGGCAGAAUAAUGGACAUAUGUACAUGCAAAAAGAGAAAACCACUGUUUUGAGGGUAAAACUAAGCUUGAAGUAGAUAGUAUCAUUAUACUUUGAAAGUUCAACUUGAAACAGAAGUAUUGUCUCUUAUUUUAAGGAAUCUUUUUCAAGGAGUAGAAAACAUUAUUACACACUUUCGUUGAAAGAAGAAACAACAGCUUUCUGUCAUAGCAAUAACAAUGUGAAAAUGCCUCUCUGCUGUGCAUCUUGGAGCUUUAGGGCACUACUGCUCAUGUUCAGGAGCUUGAUUUCCCCAAUAUCGAGCCAGGGCAGGUGAAUAUACGAGGAACCAUCAGAAAGUAAUUUUUGUUCAGUUGGAUAAUGACUGAUGUGGUUGAUGUCACCCUUUUCUAUAGUGUGAAGUUGGUCUGUGCUGCUAAGGAAGCCCAGUCAGAUCUCUGAGAUGCACAAGCUAGGGUGAGAAUUUUUGUAAUGAAUCAUCCUAAACUCAAGUGCACUGUCAUGAACUGGGUAGAGUUAUUUCUCUUGUACUGAUGAUACCAGAAUCUUAAAUGCUAUUUGAAUGAAAAGGGAGGUAACCUAGGGCAUUCCAUACAGUUAUUUAUUGACAUCUGACCAUUUCCCAACACAUUUCCCAGGCACAGGUCUUCAAUGAUUUUCACAGAGACAGAUUGGAGAUUAAGCAUUGUCAGAGGAGCAGCAGACAGCCAUUGCUGGUAGAACAAGAACAAAUCUCUUGUUACAGGGGCCUUUCUGGCCUGGUGCAAAGUGUUCACCCCAGUACUGGGUGAGGCCAUUGGGCAGAUGUGAAGAUCAACAUUCAACCUUCAGCUAGGAAAAUACAUUGUAAGAUGCUUCAUUUCAGGGAAACAGACAGUCCUCUUUGGUUUUGUCUGAAUCCUCUCUCACCCCUGUCUGCGCAGCAAUAUUCCAUCAGGAAGAAGGCAUACCAAGACACCUGCACUGGCUGCACUUUCUAGCUAGUUCUUUAUUUUUGUCUUGCACUUGUAAAGUAAGUUAUUGCUUUAUUUUGAAUCAUGCAAUAGUGUUUGCCAUAUUUUUCCUGGAAACUAGUAUUUUUAGAUACUUGAGUCUAUUUUCUAUUUGUAGAUCAACGGUUGGUACACAAUAAAAAUGACAACAAUUAACUACAU